AUGGCACAGUAUCAGAACCAAUACGGCGCCGUACCUACUCCGACGGCGGAAUCCACCAAUCUCCCAACGACCCAAACCGACGAGUACGGCAACCCAAUCGGAGGCACCAGCGGAACCCACAUGCAAACAACCGCUGGCCAUCACAAAGAGCACCACGGUCUCUCCGGCAUCUUUCAUCGCUCUGGAAGCUCAAGCUCUAGCUCCAGCUCGUCUGAGGAUGACGGGCAUGGAGGAAGGAGAAAGAAGAAGGGACUGAAAGAGAAGGUGAAGGAGAAGCUGCCGGGUAUGAGGCCCAAAGAUGAGCAGACUCCUGCGACGGCCACUACGACGCCGUAUGAUGCAGGUGUGGCGUCUCACCAGCCAAAGAAAGGAGUGAUGGAGAAAAUCAAGGAGAAGCUUACCAGGCAUCAUUAA